AUGUCCGACGAAACACCAGUGACCCCACCCUCGACUGCUUUGUAUCCCGUUCUGGUCACACCGCCAGAAUCGGGUAAUUCUAUCGAGAACCCCAUACUUAUAUCCGAUUCUGAUGGGUCGGAUGCCUCGGAUACAGAGGCACUUCGUGGAUCUGUGCGCCAGCUAUCCGACAAUAGUCCAUCGCCCUCCCCUCGGAGGGCGGACAGAUUGCAACCACAGAAGCUCCGACGUCAUAGUCGAUAUGUAACUCCUUCUCGAGGAGACGCCAACGUGGAACAGCUGGAUGAAGUCGAGAAUACCAGAGAAUCCGACAUAAAUAUUAGCGACCAGGCGGACGACACGCCUCAUAGGCUUCCCGAAUUGCCAGUCGACGGUCCAAAUGGCGGCACUCCUCCGGAAAGCUGUGGCACCGGACGAUCUCUCGAAAGUAUCCCUUCGGCCUCUGUGGGCCCAAUGCCGAUUUGGAUGCUGGAAACCAAAAUCAAGGAGGUUAUCCUGAAGGCAGAAGGACAAGGGGAAGGGUAUGCCUAUCUAUUCGCAGAUCCGAGAGAUGAGGCGGGAUAUUUCAAACUGGGGAAAUCUGAAACUCCAUUGGAGCGUGGAAGAAAGCACCAAAGUACAUGCGACCAUCCCACCUUCGCAGUGAUUGAUAUGCUGCCCCGAGGACAGCCAGUUCCUUGGUACGGUCGUUUGGAGUCGCUGGCGCUCGCUGAACUCGCCAAUGUGAAGUAUUCAUUCGACUGCUUUUGCGGUACGCCCCACAAAGAAUACUUUACUGGAAGAGUGGAGGAGGCCUUAGAAAUCCUCAACUGCUGGUCCAGCUGGCUGGAGGGCAAUCCGUAUGACGAGGACCUCCAACUUUUGCCUUUUUGGAGGGAUAGACUUCGUCUUCUGGGAGGGAAAGCAUUUAGCCAUCCCAGGUGCCCUAGCAUUGAAUGUCGCUCCGCCAGGGACAUUGGUUCCAGCUCAUGUCAAGCAUGUCUCCGGCUACGCUUGAAAGCAUGGACGGACGUGACAGACUUUGAUUAUUUUGAGUACGAAUGUCGCAUGAAGAUUGGCUGGGGGUUUCUCCGUCAAGUCAUAUCCUUGAUGUGGCUGCUCUUUGGGAAUAGUACUUUCAUUCUCAUUGACGGCUGCGUGAGAACGAAACACCUAACCGCUUUCUUGUGGGCCCCGACGACUCAUUUGCAUUUGCUUUUGGUGUUAAUGCUCCAGCUCUGGCUCUCGAGCAACGCUCCUCGCGAAUCCAUUGUGUACUACGCCAUACCUUGCUUUCUUGCCUAUUGCAGGAUCACGAGCGAAUUGGACGACACUUUAAAAGUCCAAACCAUUCCCCAGUCACCGCGCAAGAAGGCCACCAGGAGAGCUUCGAAUUCGCCAGGACGCAAGAUCCUUUCUGAAGUAGUUAGUGAAACAGAGACGCCAGAUGAACAACAACCGCCCUCCAAGAGGCGCUCGGUCAGCAUUCACGGAUCGGACGAUAUCUCAAAUACCCCAAGAGGCCAACAAAGCGCCCCUAGUCUCCCUGGAAUGUCGGAAAUACCAAACCACAACGGCCCCAAACCGUUCUUGACACCGGACCGAGCAAAAAGGACAGUUGGUAAAAGCAGCCCGAAAGCCGGCACGAAACGACGAAAGAGCGAUGUUCAUUGA